AUGUCAAUUUGUCUCCCCACAAAAUCGUUCGCUAAGUCGUACAAUACACGUGAUGAUUGUUUACAAUGCCCGUUAUGCCGAAAUGUUAAAGACGAUGAGCCGGAUUUUAUUAAGAAGUUUAAACAGAGAGUAGGCUACAAGGAGGGUCCAACAGUAAAUACAAAGCAUGAGAUUCCAAACUUUGAAGAUGAGGAGGAGGACAGACCAGACAAUGAAGAUGAGAAGCCAGUGAUUGUACAACUGAGGGAAGGGGAUCUAAGUGCUGAGGAGGUGGAGAGACUGCAAAAGAGUGAAGAACCCAUAGCUGAUGGUAAGAUCACCUUUAAGAAGCCGGUGGAGAGGAGCGGGGAGGAGGCAACAGAAUUAAAAUCAUCAGCAAAGAAGAGGAGGGAAGAGAAAGGAGAGAAGAAGGAAGAGGAAGGAGAGAAGAAGUCAGGGAAGGCUGUCAAGAACUCAAGUCUGUUGUCAUUUAACCAGGAAGAUGAAGAGGAUGCCACAUGACAUUGUGUCAAAGGAGGAUGUCACAUGAAAUUGUGUAAUAGGAUGGUGUCACGUGAUAUUGUGUCAUAGGAGGAUGUCACAUGACAUUGUGUCAUAGGAGGAUGUCACAUGAUUUGUAUGCAAUAGGAAGAUGUCAUGUGAUGUGUGUGUCAUAUGAGGAUGUUGCACAAUACAUUUGUCAUAAAUUGAUCCGCAUGAGCUUUUUCUCUAUAUAAGAAGAAUACGGAGACUCGCUAUCCACCUGAUGUA